GCCCCCUCCCUCCGCGGGGGCGGCCUCCCCUCGGCGCGGGCAUCCGCGGGCGACCUGUGCUCUGGCGCCUCACCCGGCUCUGCCCGGACGGGCGUCGGCGCCGCCCCCACGCCCUGGGUCCGAUGGGGCCGCCGGCCGGCGGGGCCGGGCUCCCUUCCCUACGGGCCGGGCUCCCCUCCCUCCGGGCCAGCCGCCCCCUUCCCCGCGGGCCAUUGUGAGGUCAGGCCGGCGGGCGCGUAGUGGGGGCCCGGGCGAGACGCCCAGAGCGGCCGCAGCGGCCGGUAGCUGCCGCCGCCACCGCCGGCCCCUUCACCGGCUGCCCCGUUCAGAUCUAGCCGGGAGGGGUGAGAGCGAUGCUGCUUGGGGCCCAUCUCCGGUGCUGCACCCCGUAAAGGGCUGAUCUUCCAUCUCGCCACCUCACCUACGGGAAGCCAAGACCAAAUCAGCUCAGACCUCUUCCGGGAGAGGGAGUUGGUUAAUCACUGCUUGAGUAUGACUGUCAUUUGGAUUACAAUAAUAACAAGCCCUUUUUCUUAGUGCUUGUGAAACUGAACACAACAGAAGUAUGGAUAUGGGCAACCAACAUCCUUCUAUUAGUAGGCUUCAGGAAAUCCAAAAGGAAGUGAAAAGUAUAGAACAGCAAGUAAUUGGCUUCAGUGGCCUGUCAGAUGACAAGAAUUACAAGAAACUGGAGAGGUUUCUAACAAAACAACUUUUUGAAAUAGACUCUGUAGAUACAGAAGGAAAAGGAGACAUUCAGCAAGCUAGGAAGAGGGCAGCACAAGAGACAGAGCGUCUUCUCAAAGAGUUGGAGCAGAAUGCAAACCACCCACACCGGAUUGAAAUACAGAACAUUUUUAAAGAAGCCCAGUCCCUGGUGGAAGAGAAGAUUGUGCCAUUUUAUAGUGGAGGCAACUGUGUGACAGAUGAAUUUGAAGAAGGCAUCCAAGAUAUCAUUCUGAGGCUGACACAUGUUAAAACUGGAGGGAAGGUCUCCUUGCGGAAAGCAAGGUAUCACACUUUAACCAAAAUCUGUGCAGUGCAAGAGAUUAUCGAAGACUGCGUGAAAAAGCAGCCUUCCCUGCCGCUUUCCGAGGAUGCGCAUCCUUCCGUUGCCAAAAUUAACUCUGUGAUGUGUGAAGUGAACAAGGCCAGAGGCACUCUGAUUGCACUCCUGAUGGGGGUGAACAGUAACGACACUUGCAGGCACUUGUCUUGUGUGCUCUCAGGGCUGAUGGCUGAUCUGGAUGCUUUAGAUGUGUGCGGGCGUACAGAAAUCAGAAACUACCGAAGGGAGGUAGUAGAAGAUAUCAACAAAUUAUUGAAAUAUUUGGAUUUAGAGGAGGAAGCAGGCACUACUCACGCAUUUGACCUGAGACAGAAUCAUUCCAUUUUAAAAAUAGAAAAGGUCCUCAAGAGAAUGAGGGAAAUUAAAAAUGAGCUUCUUCAAGCACAAAAUCCUUCUGAAUUGUACCUGAGCUCCAAAACAGAAUUGCAGGGUUUGAUUGGACAGUUGGAUGAGGUAAGUCUUGAAAAAAACCCCUGCAUCCGGGAAGCCAGGAGAAGAGCCGUGAUUGAAGUGCAAACUCUGAUCACCUACAUUGACUUGAAGGAGGCCCUCGAGAAGAGAAAGCUGUUUGUUGGUGAGGAGCACCCAUCACAUAAGGCCGUCUGGAGCAUCCUUGGGAGCUUGUCAGAGAUCCAGGGAGAAGUUCUGUCAUUUGAUGGAAAUCGGACUGAUAAGAACUACAUCCGGCUGGAAGAGCUGCUCACCAAGCAGCUGCUAGCGCUGGAUGCUGUUGAUCCGCAAGGAGAAGAGAAGUGUAAGGCUGCCAGGAAGCAGGCAGUGAAGCUCGCCCAGAACAUUCUCAGCCAUCUUGACUUGAAGUCCGAUGAGUGGGAGUACUAAAACGCCAGAGGUCUCCCGGUCCAUAUUGCCUGUUUUGCACUUUAUAUAUACUUUUAUGUAUUUACAGAGAGCUUUCAGUUCAUUGGGCCUAAAUGAGAUUUAUACAUGCAUAUUUCAAUCUCAGUAUUUAUGAUUCAAGCAAAUUAUAUUCAGUAUCUCUGCUGCUUUUGAUGUUGCAAAACAGAUAUCAUUACAGCACGUUAACUUUUCCAUUUGGAUCACUGUAUGUUGUGGUGUGGUUUCUUUUUUAAUCAGAAGUAGAAUAGGGACAGCUUUUGUAAUUUUUAAAUGAGUUGUGCAAGCAUUAAAAUGCAGAUAUUUCAGAAUCUAGAAAUAGACAUAACCUUACAUAAUACUAGAACAAUUAUGAGAAAGGGGGAAAUUGGGGGUUCAUUAGAAGAAAGGUCCAAGCACAAAAGCAGUACAAUGAUAUAUUUUAUUAUGCUAAAUAAGGCAGGAGGGUUUUUUUCAUUUAUAAAGCCUGCUUGCUCCCACCCAAUUUCAUAGGGUGGGAUUUUUUGUUUGUUCCCAUGGUCUGUUUCAUAAACAUUUUUUGUUUGAAAAACAGUGUCUGUGUUUUCCCCCAUAUUCUGCAUUUAGAGGGGAGAAUGUUAUAUUUGUGUGCAACAUAAGAAAAUUAUGAAAAUUAGUAGCAAAAAAGCCUCUGAGACUGCAUUGGAGAAGGGAUAAAACAGCAGCUAAUACCUUCAAGUUUUUGUAAAAUCUGAACUUACAAGUUUCCUUACUAAUUAGUAAGGAUGGGAACAUUUAAAAUGAAGUUAAUGGACUUUAAAAAAAAAGGGAAGCACUCCUACCUAUAGUAGGAUAAUGAGAACUGGAGAUUAGUUGCCACUGUCAGGUUGUGCUGAAAUUAAGCAAAAAUGUCCGAAUGUAGCACGUGAUGGGCUGCUUCUGUGCUUCCAAGAUGCGUAAUGGACACACUUGUUAAACAUACGCGAUGCUAUUUUACAACAUCUGACAGCAGGAACUGUCAGGAACCCUGCAGGACCAGGUCUUUAUAGCUUGUCAGAGAAGUUAGCAUCAGCUACUAGCAUCUUAAACGUCACACUCUCUGGGCGAGGUAGCGAAAGCUGCUCUGAGCACUUGCUCCUUAGCUCAUGUUAUUGGCACGUGGAUGUUCCUCUGGUGCCUAAAAGAGUCAGGAAAGUCUAUCAGUGCACGAAGGUUUUUUCUUCUGCUAAAGGGUAUACAUAUUUCUGUAAAUACUUGCUGAGGAUCCAGUUUUGUGGUUGCCUGUUACUGUGAGCAAAAGAAUUCCCCGAAGUUCUGAAGUGCCUUGACGACGUGUUGGUCCCAGUAUUAUAACUAGCAGACUUCUCUUUCUGUAGUCACCUUUCACAAAAAUAAUCAAAUGUGAGUACAUCUUUUGAGUUCAAUAGAAAUCUGUUAUUCUGUUUCCAAGAUAGUAAUUUGGUAACUUUGUAUAGGGAAAUUAUCACUUUAAACAGCUAAAAAUAUGAUAAAGCAAUAGUCCUAAAUACCUAAAAGAUAAUAAAAGUGUAGCCCCAAACAAAUUUUCACUUUGUCUCAGUAUUGCCCAAUAAUAAAAGCCUUUGAUAUAUCUUUCCUACUAGAAAUGUUCUAGAAUCGUUGGAUGGUGGGGUCAAAGGGCAGUCGAGGUCUUUCGGCAGUGCCCCACCCGUCUGCACAGUCAGCUCCUGGCAGCUGCAGGCUCACAGUGCGGGUCAUGGGUAGCUCAAGCUCGUGGUGGCCAAAGUCGUUUUAGGAUUGCUAUUCUGGGUCAGAUUGUAGGGUGCUCUUAAAAUCUUGAAGCUUUGAAUUCAAGCUCCUUCUCACUUAUACCACUGGGAAAUCAAGGCUGUAGUCUAAUUCACCUCACGCACACCCUGCACCAGGCUCUACGAAUUAAUUUUAAUUUCAGAUUCGAAAGUUAAAUGUCAGUGUGUCCUUUAAAAGUAUCCAUUGUUCCUUGAAAGCAGAUAGACCUCCCCUAUCCUUUUACAGUGUUUUCUUUUGAUGGCUUUUGUUGAGGUGGCCUGUACUGCUAAGCCUCGGGCGUUGGGUGUGAAUAGAGGACACCGACCUCUUCACAGUGUGUUGGAUUUCUCACAUGGUUGUUUUGGUCAUCAAAACUAUCAGAUCCCCCUUGAGUGACUGUUAAUGCAUGACAUUUUCUGUUCCCAGUCUUUUCUAGUUCCUUGUACCUGAUUAUUCUGCUCCCAUAGUGAGCCCUAGAGACACCGGACUUAGCUUUUCUUGUCUCUCGUUGGAGCUGUCUGUAUAUGGGCUGCCUGCCGCAUGUAAUUUUUAAAUUGGACUCAUCACAUUGUUUUUUAUGAACUUACAUGAAGAGAAUCUGUAAUGGAAGUAAAACCUACGCCCUAAAAAUGUUUGGCCUCGGGUCUGCAUUAAACCGUAUCAUCCGUGUUCAUGCACAAAAUGGCUGGGGAUGCUUGCUUUCUUCACCUUACAUGCAGUCAGCAUCGCUGUCAGAUGGUUCUUUAUCCAAACAGAUUGAAGUCAGUCAAGCUAUAAUGAAGUCGUUACGAAAGUAAAUGUGAAUAUAUCUACUAAGUAUAGUUUAAUCGUUUAUUUUGCUAAAAUGUCUUGGUAUAAUAUAUUUGAUAUUGUUCACUAUAUUUCAGAAGUUUAACCAGUUCUUCUCCUUUGUCUUUGCCAAUUUUUUUCUGGUUUUUGAGGGUCUAAGCUUAUCCUGUACAUACAGGGUUUUUUUAAGCAAAGCUUUUCAGCUUUUAACUCAUGUGGUAUUCUUAAGAAUAAUUGGAGAAAUAUUUGCCCUUGAUUUUGAUGUAUAUAAUACAGAUGUGGUGUUCCAUUGUGUUGGUUCCUGUGCCCUCUCUGUUAACUGUACAACUAUUGUAAUAGUAUGUCUUAAAUAAUUCAGUAUUUUGAGAUAUACAUAUUAGUAUACCAUUAAUUAUUAAUGAAAUAAAAAAAUCUCUUAGCUUAUCUGUGCCGUGGAGAAAGGA